UUUUCCGUCCUUACCCGUGCAAUGGAACAACUUCGGGAUCGUCUUGGGUGCCUGUGGGACUACUUUGCUCUAGCCCGAGGAAUCCCAGAAAUCCCACUGUUUGGUUGGAUUUUGUUGACGACAUUGAAGUCGCACGAUUCCUUGUUUAACUUUUUUUUUAGUUGCACCAAACCCCCUUGUCGCUAGAGAGCAAAAGUUGUUCGUCAGCCAAUGUUGAGAAACGGAGCAUCCUUGAUGUCACUUGCUGCUGCCAGACACACGACGCGUGCCAGCAGUGCCCCGCCAAUACAUCUCGGGGCCGCGGAUAUGGCGACGACUGCGGCUCAAGCUGCCCGUACAAGGCGACUUGAGAAUCCAGUGCUCUUUGUUUGUGAUAUGCAGGACAAGUUCCGAAAUGCCAUUUGGGAAUUUGACAAGAUCGUCCUCACGAGCCAAAAGGUCAUCCGGGCCGCGCACCUGCUCUCCAUCCCCAUCUACGCGACGACGCAGAACCGGGCCAAGCUCGGGCCGACGGUACCGGAGCUGGACGAGCUCCUGACGGCGGCAGGUCCGCUGGUCCGGGAGCACUCGGACAAGACGAAAUUCUCCAUGUGGACGCCUUCGGUGCAGCGAACGCUGGCGGCGCGCGACCUCACCGGCACCACCUCAGGCAAGGUCACGGUGGCGCUGGUCGGGAUCGAGAGCCACAUCUGCGUGACGCAGACGGCGCUCGACCUCCUCCGCGCCGGGCACGGCGUCUACGUUCUCGCUGACGGCGUCAGCAGCUGCAACAGCGAGGAGGUGCCGCUCGCCCUGGCCAGGCUGAGGGCGGAGGGCGCCGUGGUCACCAGCAGCGAGUCCUGGCUGUACGAGGUCAUGGGCGACGCCGAGAUUCCAGAGUUUAGGAGCAUCGUGGGCCUGGUCAAGAAGACUAGCGCGGAUACCGCUGCGGUUUUGCAGGCAUUGAGACCGGCCAGGAUUUGAAUUGGGGGGACGGAUGGGGGUGGUUCGGGACUUAUCUUGUGGUAUCUUUGAUUUUAGGUGCGUAUGUGUUGUAUGAAAGAAAACAGAGGUUGUCAAACAAAAAGCCAAACAAAGGGAUUUUUUUUUCACCAUG